AUGGCAAAAGACGAUAAAAAAUCAAAGGGUGGCAGUAACACUAAUACCCUUGAUAUAAAGAGUGAAGAAACUCUUCAAGCCGUUGUUUUAGGUGAUAGUUUUGAUAUAAAAUUUUCACCGGUUACAUUAGAAAAACCAAGAACAUUAUUACCAUUAGUAAAUAUACCAUUAUUAGAUUAUACAUUAGAAUUUUUAGCAUCAUCAGGCGUUCAAGAAAUUUUUGUAUUUUGUUGUGCACAUGCAGACCAAAUUAAAGAAUAUAUUCAAAGUUCAAGAUGGAGUAACCUUCCAGGUGUUUCAGUAAAAUGUAUGACUGGUAGAGAUUGUAGAACUACUGGUGAUGCCUUAAGAGGUGUUUAUAAUGCUCAAGUUAUUCAAUCAGAUUUUAUUUUAAUUACUGGUGAUGUAGUUUCAAAUAUGAAUUUACAAAAAGCAUUACAAGUUCACAAAGCCAGAAAGGAGGUAGAUAAAAAUAAUAUUAUGACAAUGGUAUUUAAACAAGCAUCACCAACCCACAGAACCAGAUCAAAACAAGAUGACACAGUUAUUGGUACAAAUAGUGAGACUUUACAAUUAGUAUGGUAUGAUAAUUCACCAAAGAAAAAGAAGUCAUCAAUUCCAAUAGAAUUAUUUAAAAAACAUCCAUCCAUUCAAAUGAGAUAUGAUUUAAUCGACUGUCAUAUCGAUAUUUGUUCACCAGAAGUUUUAGCAUUAUUCAUCGAUAAUUUCGAUUUUGCCGAUAUUAGAGAAGAUUUUAUUCACGAUAUUCUUGGUAGCGAACUUUUGGACCAUAAAUUAUACACAUACGUUCUUCAAGGUGAAUAUGCAGCACGUGUUAAAGAUUUACGUACCUAUCAUUCAGUCAGCAAAGAUAUCAUCCAUCGUUGGACAUUCCCAAUGGUACCAGAUAACAAUUUUAUGUGCAAUACAACCUAUUCAUUAUCUCGUCAAAUGAUUUAUAAAGAACGUGGUGUUAAAUUAUUUGGUGAUUGUUUAAUUUCAGAGGAAACAGUUUUAGGUACCGGUACUGAAGUUGGUUCAGGUAGCAGAAUUAGUCAUUCAAUUAUUGGUAGAAAUUGUCGUAUUGGAAAGAACGUCAAGAUCCAUGGCUCCUAUAUUUGGGAUAAUGUUGUCAUUGAAGAUAAUGCUGUCAUUCAAAGCUCAUUGCUCUGUAAUGGUGCUAUUGUUAAAUCCGACAGUAGUAUUGGUCGUGGUUCAAUCAUUGGCUUCAAUGUUGUUGUUGGCAAUAAGCUCAUUUUAGAGCCAUUCAGUAAAAUCACAUUAGCAGAACCAGAAGAAGAUGAAGAUGACGAAGAAAACAUUCAAGAUUUUAAUAUGGGCGAAAAUGGUAAAGGUAAAAAAUGGAUACUCGAAAAUGAACCAUAUAACGAGUUGGUCCAAAGAGAAAUUGACGAGCCAUCAGAUUCAGAUAGUGACGAACCCGGCUCUGGCGGAGUAAUGCCACCAACUAAAGACAAAGAUGAUGAUGUACCAGAAUUCAUUAAAUUCCAAAGAGAAGUUAGAGAUACCAUUAGACGUGGUAUUAAUGAAAAUCUUUUAAUGGAAAAUAUACAAGUCGAAAUCAAUGGUCUUAAAUUUGCCUAUAUUAAAGAUGGUUUAGAUUGUCUUGCUGCCAUUCUUCCAGUAUUAUUAGAACAUCCAAAUAUCAAUACCGUUUCAGCUAAAGAUUUAAGUGCAUUCAUUGUUAAAAGAAUAAGCUCAUACUCACCACUUUUAGUUAAAUUCUCUAGUGAAGAUAAUCAAGUAGAUCUCAUUUUCAAGAUUCAAGAUUUUUGUGAUGAAAAUGAACAAUAUAAAUCAGUUUUCCAAUUAAUCUUACAUCGUCUUUAUGAUAAUGAUGUCAUCUCUGAGGAUGCCAUUCUUGAAUGGGCUCAAGAAAUUGAAGAUGACGAAGAAGAUGAAGGUUUUUAUUUAAAGAAAUGUACAGAACUCAUUAAAUGGUUAAAAUCUGCAGAAGAAGAAUCCGAUGAAGAAAGUGAAGAAGAUUCUGAUACAGACUCCGAUUAA